UCCCGCCAACUGAGAGAAGCGAGCGAAGAUCCCUCUUUCGGCUUGUAUUUUGCUGCUGCUUCGUCUUCCCGAAGCUAAAAUCCUCUCAGUCUCAGAGAUUGAGGAAUGAAGGGUGGAACUUUACAAAUAAACUGGCAUGAAACCAAACCAGUCCUUUCCCUUGAUUUCCACUCAAUCACCGCCACUCUUGCUACAGGAGGCGCCGAUUUCGACAUCAAGCUGUGGUCUGUAAAACCUGCAGAGGCACAAAAGAAACUACCUGUAGUGACCUAUCUGAAUAGCUUGUCUUAUCAUAGUUCUGCAGUAAAUGUAAUUCGUUUCUCCUCUUCAGGGGAACUCUUGGCCUCUGGUGCUGAUGGAGGUGAUCUUAUAAUAUGGAAGUAUCAUCUGACAGAUACAGAUCAGACAUGGAAGGUCCUUAAGAUGUUAAGGUCUCAUCACAAGGACAUUCUGGACCUUCAAUGGUCUCCUGAUGGCACAUUUUUAAUUUCUGGGUCAGUUGAUAAUAGUUGCAUAAUAUGGGAUAUUAACAAAGGCACCAAUCUUCAGACAUUGGAUGCUCAUGCCCAUUAUGUUCAAGGAGUUGCAUGGGAUCCUCUAGGGAAAUAUGUUGCUUCUCUUAGUUCUGACAGAACUUGCCGAAUUUACAUUAAUAAACCUAAAAAAUCUAAAGGAAGUGGGAAAAUCAAUUUUGUCUGCCAGCAAGUUAUUUCCAAGGCAGUACAUCCAUUACUAGAUAAUUCUAAGUCAACAAAUUAUCAUCUUUUUCAUGAUGAGACACUGCCGUCUUUUUUCAGAAGACCAGCAUGGUCUCCUGAUGGUUCAUUUCUUCUUGUGCCUGCAGGCUCAUACAAAAUUACUUCUGGGUCUGAAUCUGUAAAUGCUGCUUACAUAUUUUCUAGAAAGGAUCUCUCUCGGCCUGCCAUACAGCUUCCUUGUGCAAACAAAGCUGUUGUUGCUGUCCGAUUCUGCCCUGUUAAUUUCAGCCUUCGGGGAACAAAUUCAGCUGGGUUAUUUAAGCUUCCCUAUCGCCUCAUUUUUGCGGUGGCCACUCUGAAUUCAUUGUACAUUUAUGACACUGAGAACAAUCCUCCCAUAGCUGUAAUGGCUGGUCUCCACUAUGCAGCAAUAACAGACAUUGCAUGGUCACCAGAUGCUCAUUAUUUGGCAUUGUCCUCUCAAGAUGGUUUCUGCACAUUGGUGGAAUUUGAAAAUAACGAAUUAGGAACACCUAUCUCUUCAUCAGGAGAAAAGAAAGUUUCUGAUAAGGAUCAGACUCAACUGAAGACAUCUGACAAUUUGGUCAUUGAAGCUACCACAAGUGGCAGUACGGCUGAAGCAAAAAGCAUGAAAAAUGAAGCAGGAGGAAAGGCUGAUGACAUGAUCAUUGAAUCAACUAGUAAUAUUGGUGUAGUUAAUGCAGGAACCGGGAAAGCUGAAGCAGAAGAGAAGGUGACGACAGUUGCAGAAGCAAGUGGGAAUGUUGGGGCAGUUGUAGCAGAAAGCAGGAAAAGGGAAGCAGAAGAGAAGGAUGAUUUCAGGGUAAUUGAGGAAACUGGCAAUGUUAGUGGUGUUGAGACAGCUGGCAGGAAAAGUGAAGCAGAAGAGAAGACCGAUGACAUGAUCAUUGAGAAAACUGGCAAUGUCGGUGAGUUGUGGCAGCAAGCCAGGAAAGUGAAGCCGAAGAGAAAGCUGUCAUGGUCAUUGAAGCAACUAGGAAUGCUGGUGCAGUUGUAGCAGACAGCAGUAAAAAUGAAGCAGAGAAAAAUCCAGUGAGUUCAGAUACUGCGAAAUCAGUUGAGCAAGACAAGACAGAACAUCUAUCGGGUUUGGAUGUUGUAAGAAAAGAAGUUGAAGAGAAGACACAGAAACAAACAUCUAGUUUGGACAAAAGGGAAGCAGAAGAAAAGGUAACUUGUAGUUCAAGGGGAGCGACAACAUCAAAUAAGACAGGCAAAAGACGUAUAACUCCCAUUGCCAUUGAUCCAUGAGAAACACAGGCAUGCAUCCCCUGCAGUCAUCUUAUUUGACUCCAGGUACAGGCAUGAAAUUUGACCUAUCUCUAGCCCCCCCUACUCAAGAACUUAUAUUUUAUGGCUUCCAAUUUGUUAGUUUUAGGGAUGGAAUUCUUGCAAGGAAAUGGGCAGGCUACCACGCCUAUAGCUAUUCUGCCAAGUAACUUGAAAGCUGCCGCUCCUACUGUCGCAACCAUUUUUACACCCUCUAACCAAUCACCAUAGCUAAACAUAUAGUCCUUCCGGUGCAUGAUAUGAGUGUCAGGGGCUAGAAGAAGGGAAGAUUUUAUGAUUGCACCCUGCAGUCGACUGCAGCAAUCCAUGUCACAGAAAAACACUGCGUGUCUAUCCUUGUAUAUUUUUUGGGCGGCCUACAUAUGAAAGUCUCUGUUUCCUUUUUUUUCUUGUUUUAUGAAUUACAUCUGGUUAUCGAUUCUUUAAUGUAGAUUCCAGUUCUAUAUUAAGAGAAUUCAAUCUUCAUUGGGAAGAGUAGCCAGCCACCACCAUCCCCUAAAGAAAAAAACUGAGUAAUGUAAUUUAGCAAUUUUGUUUUGCACAUCUUGGAUUACUAAGUUCACGCGUCAAAAAUG